AUGAGCAAAUCUGUGCAGGUGAUGAAACAAAGCAAGUCUUUUAAUUUCACCUUCCUGGAGGAUGUGCAAGCCAAGAUCCUGGAACUAUUAUACAAACAUGCUGAUCUGAGCAUGAUUUUGCUGCUGCCAAAUGAAGUAAAUGGUCUGCAGAAGCUUGAAGAUAGCCUCACCACUGAGAAAUUGAUAGCCUGGGCAAGCUCACAGAAUAUGAGCAAGAGAGAUGUGGAUUUGUACUUACCUCAGUUCAAAGUGGAAGACAGCUAUGAUCUCAAGGCCAUGCUGGGAGCGAUGGGGACAGUGGACACCUUCAGUCAACAGGACACCAACUUCUCAGGCAUGACCAGGAGCUAUGGUGUCAUGGUGUCUAAGAUCCUACACAAGUCCUUUGUGGAGGUGACUGAGGAAGGCAUGGAGGCUGCAGCUGCCACUGGCAUGGAAACUGUUCCAACAUGA